AGGAGGAUAGCGUGAGAGCGUGAGAGGGCGAGAGAGAGAGAGAGCGUGAGAGAGAGCGUGAGCGUGUGAGAGAGAGGUGAGAAAGAGUGGGAGAGACAGAGAGAGAGAGGACACCUCUUCUGCUUUCUACUGUGUACGAGCCCGCGCGUCGAGACAGACAGGUCCGAAUUCCUAUUCCCGACCACCGCCCGCGGCCCCAUCCCCGACCUCGCCGUACGAGUCCACCUCCCGGCCGCGAAACACAUGAGGCCGACCGCGCUAUCGGUGCGCGAAACAAGGAUAAAAUGGCGAGUCCCGUGGGCGAGGAGAACUGGCUGGCAUAUGUCGACGAGGAGACCCGCCACGUCGCCGACCUCGAGGCGCGCGUCAAGCUAGUCGAGCUCUUCAAGAAGGCCGUCUCCUCCGAGCCUGGCAGUCUGAAGAUCUGGCUGGCCUACUGCGAAUAUUUCUGGUCGCUCUUCACCGAUUGCCAGACCGGCGAAUCUGGCUGGCCCGAGGAGUCGCAGCAGCUCGCCCGCGAGCUCUUCACCUUCGACGCCGCCUUGAGCCUGUGGAGCGACGGCUAUGAGGCCAUCAAGUACCGCAUCAACGACAGCUACGAAUUCUGGAACCGCUGGAUCAGCAUAGAGCUCGAGCAGCUGGCCAGGACGCGAACCCCCGUCGGCGUCAGACGCAUCUCCCACCUCUUCCGCGACCGGCUCCAGAUCCCGCACGCCACCUGGGACAACACCUCGCAGAUGUUUUCCAGCUUUCUCAGCACCUACAACAACGCAGCCUACGAGUCCGAGUUCAAGGAGGUCACCGCCAGCGCCCAGGACGCCAAGGCCGCCUACGAAGCACGCGAACCCUACGAGCUGCGGCUGAGCAAGGCCGUCAAGGCCGGCGAUCCCGAGGCCCAGGCGGCCAUCACGAAGGAAUACCUGGCCUGGGAGAUGCCGCAGGUCAAGAAGGCGAGGAAUCCCGUGCUGGCCGCCUCGCUCGGCCUCGGCCUUUUCUCGAGAGCGCUGAGCGGCGUGUUCGCGUUCGACGACGGCGUCUGGAGCGAUGCUGCCACCUAUCUAUCCGAGCUGCACCGUCAGGCUAAGACCUCGCAGCUGCCUCACAACCUCCCUAGCAUGCUCGACUUUCUCCAGCGGAGCACGGCUCACUGCCCCUGGUCGGGUCCCCUCUGGUCUCGAUACAUCCUGACUGCCGAGGAGGCAGGCUGGUCCUUCCGCGAUGUCGAAUCGAUCAAGCAUGGCGCUACGAAUUCCGGCGCCCUCGACAAGCAUGGCAUGUCGAGCGUUCUGGACAUGUACACCGCUUGGUGCGGCUUUCUCAAGCGGACCGCCAUGGACCCGAACGCUCCCGAGGAUGCGGCCGACGUCGCCCAACUAGGCCUGGUCUCCGCGCUGGAGGACGUCGAGCUAUGGGGGAAACGCCUCUACAAGGAUGCCUACCGGGGAGACCCUAACUUCAGGCUGCAGCGCAUCCUCAUCCAGUACCUUACCGAGGUGAAGGGCGAGAUCGACGAGGCGAGGAGCCACUGGGAUCGGAUGGCCGGCCAGUCUCUGCUCGGCGACAGCUACGAUUUCUGGCUGAAUUAUUACCUCUGGGAGAUGAUGAUAUACGCGUCCAAGCCGCGGCCUAGGAGCCCCACUCCCGCUACGCCGGUGCGCGGCACCAAGAGCAAGGGAGUUCCGAGCCUCGGUACCGCCGUCCUGCAGCGUGCUAUCGCGCGGACGACCUUAGACUGGCCUGAACGCGUCCUAGACGUCUACGUACAGCAUUGCAACGACUUCGAGACGCCGGAGACCCUCAACCGCGCUCUCGACACCGUCUACCAAGCCCGGCAGGAUGUUUCUAAGCGCCGCGAGCGAGAGAGCGCCGAGGUGGCGGCAGCCUACGCUACCCAGGCACAGCAGGCUCGGCAGCAGCACGGAACCUCCGACCCCGCCGCGGAGGGUGCCGCGGCGCCCGAGUCUCCUGGCUCUAAGAGAAAGAGAGAAGAGACACCUAACGAUGUGUCCUCGGGCACGAACAAGCGAGCAAAGAGCGCCGCGGCAGAAGCCGCCGCCGACGAGGCUAACGAGCAGAAGCUGAAGCGAGACCGAGAAAACACGUCGAUAAUGGUCACCAACCUGCCCACAGACGUGACGCAGACGGCCAUCCGCAAGUAUUUUAGAGAGUAUGGGCACAUUAACAACCUAGACGUGCGGAGGGAGGCGGACGGCGAGUCUAGCUCCGCUUUGAUCGAGUUUAGAUCUCCGGAGGACGUCCAGUCGGCCCUCCUACGAGACAGCAAAUAUUUCGGCCGGUCCCAGAUCCGGGUCAGAUCCGGCACCGGCUUAAGCCUCUUCGUCUCUAAUUACCCCCCCACCGCCGACGAGACAUACAUCCGAGACCUGUUCGAGGACUGCGGAGACGUCUUCAACGUUCGCUUCCCGUCUCUCAAGUUCAACACCCACCGUCGCUUCUGCUACGUCUCGUUCAAGGACCAGGAUGCCGCUUACAGGGCCACCUUACUCGACGGGAAGCUCAUCGAAGGCAAGUACAAGCUGCAAUCCCGAUACUCUGAUCCCGCCCACAAGAAGGACCGCGAAGGAGCCGUCGCCGAAGGCCGGGAAAUUCGCGUGAAGAACGUCGACCCUUCGGCGAAGGAAGGCGACCUCCGGGGUGUGUUCGACAAAUAUGGCAGAGUCGUCAGCGUGCGUAUCGUCACCAAUACAGGCGGCAAGAAUCUCGGUCUAGCCUACGUGGUGUUUGCGACGAAGGGCCAGGCCGAGGACGCCCUCGAACUCGACAAGACCAAGUUCAAGUCGCAGAUCCUCCAAGUCGAGCUCAGCAAGGAGACGAACUUCAAACCAUUUGCAACCAGCAGAGGCGACCGCGGCUCCGCUUCAUUAUCGCCUGCGCCGGCUAGGGACGAAGACGUAGCCAUGUCGGACGGGCCCGGCGAACUGCGUAACGGAACUCAGAACCCGACAUCGAAGGAGAUACGAGAACGCACGAUGGCCAUCUUGAACGUGCCCGACACCGUCAACGACGCGCGUGUUAGAGCGGUCGCCGAGAAGCACGGCGACAUCGUAAAGCUCGUCCUACGCCCCGACCACCAAGGCGCCAUAAUCGAGUUCGCGGAUGCCGCGACGGCCGGACGAGCGGCGCUGGCCCUGGAGGGGUACGAGAUCGUACCCGGACGGAAGCUACGCACCGGCAGCGUCGACGAUCUUUUCCAGGAGAGGAGCGAGAAGAGGGAGGAUAGGAUUAUCACCGGAACGGGUAAGGGCAAGGGCAAGGGCGCUGCUACUUUGAAUAGCAACACCGGGGGGCCAAAGGGGGCCAGCUUUAUGCCGCCUCCCCAGCAUGUACGAAGGCCGGUACUGGGCCGAGCCGGCCCCAAGCGCGGACUGGGCUUCACCUUGUCGAAGCUGGACAAAGGGAACUCCGAGACCUCAACCGUUAAUGGCGGUGGGUCCGCUCCCGCGGGACCUCCUAAGAGCAACGCCGAUUUCAAGGCUAUGUUUCUCGAUUCUGGGAGCGGAGGCGCUAAAGGCGGCAAAGGUGGACGCUCUAAUGUAACCGAUACUAAGCCGAACGGAACCGGGAAGACUUGAGAUGGCGAUAGACAGACAGCAGACGGUGGCGCGUGGGCAUUUCAUUUCCAGAGGGACGGGAACUCUCUUUCCCCAUGAUGCAUUUUUUUUUUUCGCAGACGCACUCCCCUCCCCCCUCCCCCUUCGACUCCCCACUUUUAAAAAACAGGCGGUUGAGUUGAGUGAGUGAGCAUAUUUGGCGCGAGAUCGAGUCACGAUGGUCGAUGGAGUUGAUUCUU